AUGCUGCUUCACCUAGGUGCUACUCAACUGAACAAAAUUGUUCCGCCAGUGUUCCGCAAUUGUUCCAAUAUUUUCAUUCCCGGAAAAGAUGAGAAGUACGCAUUAUGCAAUAUCACAACUGGGGAUUCACCAUGCGCACUACUGGAAGAGCUGCAUAAAGCGAAGGAGUUUCGCAUCUAUGGCUUCACUGUUGUUCCGAUUGCAUUGUCAGCUUUGGCAAUGAUCUUAAACAUUACUUAUCUGGCGAUUCAGUUGAAAAUAUAUCGGAAAGAGGAGGAGAGUACUCGAAAACGGUAUUUGUUUCUGAUAAGUCGAUCGCUGAGCACAGUAAUGGCGCUAAUCCUCCUAUACGUGGUAAAUAUCUGCUGGAAAGCAAACGGCUUCGCCUAUGACAGUACUAUGAUCUUUUUAUUGCUUGGUGGUCUCAACUUUGUUUCCAUAACAGGCAGUAGCUCUAGCCACUGCUCUAAUCGCCCACUGAAGACUUCACGUAUACCCUUAAUUAGAAGUACUUACAUCGCCCUUACUAUUUUACUGUACACGGCCAUCGUUCAUCCUUUUUUCUACCAAUCUAACACGACAAUCAAACAUUGCUAUAUACUUAUUGCUUUCAUUUGGCUUAUUUCGACAUUGGCAUCGAUUGCUGUUGGACUCUGGGGUGCUACUUUGUUUUAUCCAGAAAGUGCUCCUGUGCGUUGUACAUUUCGAGGAUGUCAGAAGCUAUUAGCGAUUCUGAUCGUUAUCGGCCUGUCGUUAUCGUACGCUACCGUACUUGGACUAUAUGCUGUGCUCAUUAUACGGUUACAUAUCAAACUCCGUUCUAGCAAAGAAAUAAUAGUCGGAAAUGUUCAGUGUGAGUCCAGUAUGGAACGUCAGUUGAUUCAUAUUCGUGCAAUGAAUCGACUCGGUAUGAAUAUGCUCACGUUUGCUGUCGGAUCAAUACCUAUACUUAUCGUAUGCAUUGUCGCUUUGGUGAAUCUACGAAGUCUGAGCUCACUUGGAGAAGGAGAAAAGUCACCUUGCAAGACGUAUCUUAAUAGUCGUUUAUUCGUUGAGGUAGAACUUCUAGCCAGUAGUGCGGCGGUAGUAUGGUGA